ACAGCUCCUCCCCUUCCCCUUCCCCAGCCACCAAGAGGAAGAAGAGGAGUCUGCCCGUCCUGAGGGAGUCCUGUCACUCCUGUGCCAGUGCCAGUCCUCACCCCUAGUGCCUUCCCUGGUGCCGCGCUGGUGCGGGAGAUGAGGAGGGCCGUGUGAGGGCCACGGCCACACAGCGAUGGCCUGGUGGCAGCAAGUCCUUGCCGUCGAUGCCAAGUUCAACUACCACCGAGCCCCGGUCUCCCCUGGCUUCAAAACUUUGUACAUCCGUCGCCGCAAUCAGCUCCUGAGAGACAGUGCACGGGAGGACGGGGCAGCGGUGCGGAACUACCUGAAGAUCCGCUUGGCCCUCCUGCAGCAGCGUUACUGUGUCACCCUCGACCAGCUUAGCCUCAAGAGCCGAACGACAAGUCUCCGCUCUGGCUCAAGGCUUACCAUUGAGGGCGACUCUCCGCACAUGAGCCGCAGUAUGAGCAUGGCAUUGGCCCAGCCCGGCAGCCAGAGCGUGGAGGGGCCGCAUGGACUCCCACCGGUCGGCUCCGUCAUCCCCACGCAGCGAGCGGAGGCGUCCCGGGCGAUCGUGGGCGGCACUUCCAUCGGGGAGAACUACGCCUUCUCAGGAAUGCACCACAUCUUUGAUCAGCAUAAGGAGAGUGUGACGAUGGUGAGGUUUGCGCACAACGACCCGGGACUUUUGGCCUGCUGCUCCCUCGAUGGCACGCUGUCCAUCUGUCAGGUGGCGGACGGGGAGCCCAGAGUCUUGCACACCCUUCGUAAACACUCUGCUGGUGUCACAGGGUUUGACUGGUCCGCCACCAAUGACCUUCUGCUGUCCUGCGGCCUGGAUGGGAAUGUGUGUCUUUGGCGGGUGUCCUUGGGAGAGUGUCUGCGUUCCGUCACAGACCAGGCUGGCUCACUCGUCCUGUCAUGCGUCUUCCACCCGUUCAAUGCUAACUGGGUGGUGCUUGGGAACAGCCGAGGCAUGGUGCAGGUGCUGAACAUGUCCACUGGCCACUACCCCAAGGGCGGCACCAGCAAGGUGGCCGGCCAGGUGACCUCCCUCACCUUCGACUCGGCUGGCAAGACACUCUGGGCAGGGGAUGACAAGGGCAUUAUCAUAUCCUUCCUCUUCGACCUGGGGAGUGGGUGUCUGCGUAAGGGCAAGCGCUGCGUUGUGAGCGAGGGCGCGUCCAUCACCAGUCUGUCGGCACGCACCUGGGCCAGUCGAGAGGCACCCAACCCCACCCUACUCGUUAGUGCUGGCUGUAACGCUCUUCUCUUGUACAGGGUGGUGGACAAGGAGGGCGGACUGAGGCUGAGGAGGAAGUUCACCAUCCCCCACAAGAGUGAGCCCGUGCGAUCCACCUUCUGUCCCCUCAUGUCCUUCAGGCAGGGGGCUUGUGUUGUUAGUGGUUGUGAGGACUGCAGCGUGUGGUUCCUGGACGUGGAGCGGGACACAAGGCCGCUCAUCAACCGCCUUCAGGGCCAUGCAGCGCCUGUUCUGGGGGUCACCUUCAACUACGAUGAGUCUCUCCUCGCCACCUCAGAUGCCAGCGGUCUCGUCAUUCUGUGGAAGAGAGAAUAGUUGUGGCAGCCUCCGGUGGUGUGCGUGAGGAAGCAAGGCAGGUCCUCUCUCUUAUCCAGGGUGUAGAGGAGCCUGUGUGUGUGUGUGUGUGUGUGUGAGUAGAAAAAUGUGAUCCCCCUGUUUUUACUCACUAACAUUUGGGUCCCAUUGACAUCAAAGUCACAUAACUGCAUAAUGUUUAUCACCAGGGAACAGAGGCUGGGAAAUCCGUUUACACUAAUUUCUCUUCCUCGACUUCUCUCCUUUCCCUUCUUUUAUUAAUUAGAAUUUUAGAUCGAUUAAACUUUGUGCAUUUAUUUUUUUAAUCAUGAAAACUACGCUUACAUUCAACAUUGAGUAUUUUUUGUGUUCACUUAGCUUGUACAUAUUUAAUUAACAAUAUGAGCUUAGAAAUGAUGAUUGAAUUAUUUUAGAAAGGUUUACUUGUGUUCAUUAUAUCCUUUCAAUACUGUUUUAGAAAUUUAGACAUGAUUUGAAAUUCUCGUCAUCUGGAAACCAUCUUCAAUUGUGAUACUCCUUUCCCUCUCAAGGCAUUUGCUUGUAUGAGCCUGCAGCUUAGCAUCACCAGGUGUGUUAUUCUGACCUUCAUGAUCUUUUUGGCCAUGUCCUUGCCUUCAUACAGUAACUAUGCUUCAGGCAGCACUCAGGCAUUGGCUCAGUGUUCAAGAUGUAAUAUGUAUCUCAGGCUUGCUGUGUCUGCAUGUGUUGUGGUAUAGUCCAACCAUUUCAAAUAGUCCGUUUGGGCAGUGGAUCCUGUAGGUCCUUUCCUCCCCUCUGUUCUGUCACUCAGUCCAAACACCUAUUUUCCCCUCUCACGUGUUACCAAUAGCUAACUUAUGAGAGGGAAAAACAGGUGUUGGGACUAAGUGGCAGAGCAGAGGGGAGGAAAGGACCCACGGAAUCCACCGCCCAAACGGACUAUUUGAAAUGGUUGGACUAUAGCAUGUUGUGGGAUCCCCUUAGUGAUAAAUUCUCAACACUAACAUUCCUCCCCACUCACAUGGUGUUAUAUAGUAAUGAUGUUCAAGUUUAUACAUUGGAGAUUUUUAUGAGUGAGCUGUUAAAGGUGUUUCUCAUUUUAGGAUAUUUAUGUAUUAAAAGUUGGCAGAAAAUGUACAUUAUUUUUAGA